AUGAAUCUAAACGAACCAAUCGCCAUCAUUGGCAGCUCCUGUCGAUUCCCUGGAGGGGCAUCGAAUGCCUCAAAGCUGUGGGAUCUCCUGCACGCCCCUCGCGAUCUCCUUUCCACGAUCCCCCCGGAUCGCUUCGAUCCAGCGGGCUUCUACCAUCCCAAUGGCGAGCACCACGGCGCCUCCAACGUACAGCACUCGUAUCUACUUGACGAAGACCCCCGUCUGUUCGAUGCCCCCUUCUUCUCCUUGAAUGCCCGCGAGGCCGAAGCCAUGGACCCCCAGCACCGCAUCCUGCUGGAAACCGUCUACGAGUGUCUCGAAACUGCAGGGGUCACCAUCCAGCAGCUGCAAAACACGGCGACGGGAGUAUACGUUGGGUUGAUGACGAAUGAUUACCACGACAUACACCUGCGAGACAUGGAAACCAUCCCCAAAUACACUGGCACGGGCACGACGCGCAGUAUUUUGAGCAAUCGGGUGUCAUAUUUUUUCAAUUGGAAAGGACCCAGUAUGACGAUUGAUACUGCAUGUUCCUCCUCCCUCGUGGCGGUCCAUCUCGCCGUUCAGAGUUUGCGCUCUGGAGAGACCCCCGUGGCUAUUGCCGCCGGCACGAACCUGAUCUUCGGCCCCGAAAUGUAUGUCAUUGAGUCCAAGCUGCGUAUGCUGUCUCCCCACGGCCGGUCCCGAAUGUGGGAUUCUAACGCGGAUGGCUAUGGACGGGGGGAGGGCGUUGCAGCCGUCAUGCUGAAACCUCUCGCGGCUGCCAUCCGCGAUGGCGAUGCAAUUGAAUGCAUCAUCCGCGAGACUGGCGUCAACCAGGACGGUCGUACCCCGGGUAUUACCAUGCCUAGUUCGCGCAGCCAGGAGGCUCUCAUCCGGCAGACGUACCGACGAGCGGGUCUAGAUCUGGCGAGGAAUGAAGACCGGCCUCAGUUCUUCGAGGCUCAUGGCACCGGUACGGCCGUGGGGGAUCCGCUCGAGGCAGAGGCCAUCAGUCGAGCAUUUUUUGGAGCAGAUGUCUCGACGGAGGAUCAGCAGUUUGGUAUUCUGCAUGUUGGGGGGAUCAAGACGAUUAUUGGACAUCUGGAGGGUGCCGCUGGUAUCGCCGGUCUCCUUAAGGCUUCAUUGGCCAUUCAGAAUAAGAUCAUUCCGCCUAAUUUGCACCUGGAUGAACUUAAUCCCAGGAUCCUCCCUUUUACUGGACAUUUACGCAUCCCGACGGAGCCAAUCCCCUGGCCGAGCAUGUCAGAUCGUGGGGUGCGUCGAGCGAGUGUCAAUAGUUUUGGCUUCGGAGGGACCAACGCCCACGCUAUAUUAGAGAGUUUUGACGAAGUCCGGUUGCCGAGUCCUCCUGUGUCUCCGUUGCUGACACCACUGGUGUUUUCUGCGAACUCGGACGCGUCGCUGGUCAACAUGGUGAAGGCCUUCGCCGGCUAUUUAAAGUCUAUGCGGCCCCCAUAUAUGCUGGAUCUGGCGUGGACCCUGCAGGCCAAGAGAACGGAGCUUCCGUACCGAAAGGCAUUUGCGGGAUCGAAUUUGCAGGAUUUCAUUGCGGAAAUGGAGAAGGCCAUUCAAGUGAGUAAAGGAGUUUCAUCAGGAACCUUGGGAACUAGAUCCCUCGAUGCAACCCAGAGCCAUGACCAAAAGAUACUGGGCAUAUUCACCGGUCAGGGUGCACAGUGGCCUUCGAUGGGCGCCGGUCUCUUACAAAGCUCAGAUAUCUUUGCCCAAACCAUCCAGAAUCUGGAAGACUCUCUACGAGAACUACCUGACAAACCAACGUGGUCUCUCCGGGACGAGCUGAGCGCCACCGGGUCUAGUUCGCGGGUUCACCUGGCGGAGAUAUCCCAGCCCCUAUGUACAGCCGUGCAGCUUGCGCUGGUUGACCUCCUGAACGCCGCAGGUGUCCGGAUGUGUGCCGUUGUCGGCCAUUCAUCUGGAGAAAUCGGCGCUGCUUACGCUGCGGGUGUUAUUUCCGCUAGGGAUGCCAUUCGCAUCGCGUAUUACCGCGGUGUACAUGCGAAACAUGCUGCUGGAAAGGGCGGGCAGUCUGGGAGUAUGAUGGCUGCGGGGGUCUCGUUCCAGGAAGCACAGAGUCUCUGCGAUGACCCUCGCUAUGCUGGUCGCAUCUCUGUGGCGGCCAGCAAUGCACCCUCGACGGUGACCAUAUCCGGAGAUAAAGACGCAAUCGAGGAGCUUAAGACACAGCUCGAUCAGAAGCAGAUCUUCGCACGCGUACUGAAGGUGGACAAAGCAUACCACUCUCAUCAUAUGCUGCCCUGCGCUGGACUAUAUCGACAGUCGCUGGACAACUGUGCGAUAGAAGUGCGAUCUCAGUGUGGGAUAAGCUGGGUAUCGAGCGUCUACGAAGGGUCUGUGUCCAUGUCUAGAUUUAAUGCCGAUACGCUUUCGAGUCACUACUGGGUGGCGAAUAUGACCCAACCGGUGCUCUUUUCACAAGCCGUCCAGCGAGCGAUUGUAGACCAUGGCCCCUUUGAUGUCGCGAUUGAAAUCGGUCCCCAUGCAGCCCUGAAGGGACCCACGACGCAAACUAUCAAGGCCUGCAGCAACCACAGCAUUCCGUACCAUGGUACUCUCGAUCGUGGAAACAAGGAUACCAUUGCGUUUUCCUCGUCUCUGGGAUUCAUCUGGGAACGGCUGGGGGCGCAGGGCAUCCAGUUGGACCAGUUCACGAGAAGCCUUCUGGAUCGACCUCCUAUUCUGCAGAAGGGUCUCCCGGGGUACCAAUGGGACCAUAAACAAACAUACUGGAAAGAGUCCCGUCUGUCGAAGAACUUCCGAAUGCGCAAGCAGCGCGUACAUGAACUGCUGGGAAUCCAGAGCCCGGACCACGUUGAGGGACAUGAUCUUCGGUGGCGCAAUAUUCUGCGCGUCGACGAGAUGCCGUGGCUUCGUGGUCACAAAUUCCAGAAUGAAAUCCUCUUUCCCGCAGCUGGUCAUGUUGCGCUCGCUUUGGAAGCAUCCAAGGUGCUCCUGCUGUCCGCCGGACAGGAUGUGCGUCUGAUUGAGCUGGAGCGGAUCUCUAUCGGCAAGGCCAUCACGCUGGACGAGACCGCACCGGGCGUGGAAACCUGUUUCUCCCUGAGGCGAGUAGGGUCGGAUGAUGGGACUAUCGUAGCGGAUUUCGCCUGUUAUGCAUGUGCGAAUGAAACAACCGGUGUGAUGGAUCCAUGCUCGAGCGGCCGCUUGAAGCUGUAUCUGGGCGUACAACAUCCUGGAGAUGAAAUCCUCCCAACACGUCCUGACCCGGUUCCUGGGCUUGUACCAGUUGACUCUGAUGAGUUCUACGAGUCCAUGAUCCAGAUCGGACUGGACUAUACCGGGGAGUUUCGGCACCUGCAGGAUAUCUCUCGGACCAGACGCUACGCGAGAUCCUCAACCAGGAAACCUGUCGCGAAUCCGGACUUCGCGGAUACGCUCAUGGUACAUCCCGCGCUACUCGACAUGUGCUUCCAGACCGUGAUAGCGGCGUUCUGUCAUCCUGGAGAUGGAUCGCUCUGGACGCCGUACCUCCCGACUAGUAUCGAGCGGAUCCGAAUCAAUCCGCAGGUGGGAAAUCCCCAUGAGGAUCUUCUUGUCGAUAUCGAGGCGCAUAUCGUAGAGGAGACGUCGACUAAUAUUUCAGGCAACCUAAGUGCCUACAACUCGAACGGACAACAGAUGAUCCAGCUGGACGCACUGGUUUGCAAGUCAUUUGCCAAGGAAACCUCUACCACGGACCGACUGCUCUUCGCAGAGACAGACUGGAAGCCUGCCGUGAUGCCUGGGGAGGAAUCAUCAGCUACGACAGGGCAGUCGGAGCACCGUUCUAAUGUUCUCGAGGUCAUCGAGGCCAAUGAGCGCGUCGCCCUCUACUACCUCCGGACCUUGCGGGAGAAGUUCCCCUCCGAAGAGGUGGCAACAUUCGCGUGGUGGUAUCAGCGGAUUUUCGACUUUGCGGACCACCUGCUUCCCAUCGUCGCGAAUGGCAGUCACUCGUCUCUCCGAGCGGAAUGGUUGAACGACACGUAUGAGACGGUACAACGACUUGUGAGCCGAUUCCCGGACCAGAUCGAUCUACAGCUGGUUGUGGAAGUCGGCGAGAACCUGCCCACGUACGUUCGUGGCACUGUGCCUCUGCUGGAAGUCAUGAUGAAGGAGGACCGACUUACGCGUCUCUACCAGGAGGGCCUAGGCGUUCCAGAGGUAAACCGCGAGCUCUCAUCAAUUGCAAAGCAGCUGUCCCAUCAGUAUCCAAAUAUGAGGAUCCUGGAAAUCGGCGCGGGGACGGGAGGCAUGACGCGAGAGGUCCUUCAGCAGAUUGGCGGCGCGUUUGGCUCCUACACUUUCACCGAUAUCUCGACUGGGUUUUUCGAGAAGGCACAGGAGAGCUUGCAGACUGAACACAUCCACAAGAUCGUGUUCAGCGCGCUGGACAUUGAAAAGGAUCCCGAAGCCCAGGGAUACGCAGAAGGAUCGUACGACGUGAUCAUCGCGUCGAAUGUCCUGCACGCGACCCGCAGACUCGGGGAGACGGUGUCCAAUGUGCGUCGUCUUCUCCGGCCGGGCGGGUACUUGCUCCUAAAUGAGGUCACUGGGGAUAUGCUUCGACUGAAGUUCAUCAUGUCCGGUCUGCCGGGGUGGUGGUUAGGCGCAGACGACGGGCGAUUGUAUGCGCCGACAAUCAACCCAACGCAAUGGGACCAGACUUUGAGCGAUGCGGGCUUCUCCGGCGUGGACAUCAUCCGUCAGGAUUUUAACGUCACUUCGAAACAGUCGCUGUCGGUGAUAGCGUCGCAGGCUGUUGAUGCGAUGGUGGAUUUCCUGAGAGAGCCGCUUCUAUCUCCUUAUAUGGCGCCGGAAGUGCAGGCGCUCUUCAUCGUUGGAGGGAAAAGCCUUCCGGUGCGGAGGCUGGCGAGGUCCAUCGCUAGACAGCUUUCGGGAUGGACACAAGAUAUUACUUUCGUCGAUGACUUGCUGGCAUUGGAAGCUGCCGGUCCUGAUUCUGGGUUUACCGUUAUCUGCUUGGACGACCUGGACGAGCCGGUGCUACAGACGACCACCCCGGAGAAGUUGCAGGUUCUUCAAUUCUUGUUCUCCGGGGCAAAGCACAUUCUGUACUUGACUCGAGGGUCGAGAGAUAAUUCUCCGUACUCCAUGGCCAUGUAUGGGCUGGGUCGCACCAUGCUGUUUGAACAUCCCAACCUCCAGAUGCAAUUCAUUGAUAUCCGCCAACUGGGCGAUGUCACCGGACGCAUCAUCGCUGAAGAUCUGCUCCGUCUGGUUGCAGCUGAAGACUUGGAUCCCUCGUAUCUGUGGACAGUGGAGCCGGAGAUUGCGUAUGUUUCUGGACAGAAGCAGAUCCAGCGACUGGUUGCCAACCAGCGGCUGAAUAACCAGUUGAAUUCUAGCCGUCGGCUGAUUACGGAGUCUGUCAGGAUGGAUCAGUGGCAGCUCGAGCUAAUUAGGCAUGGCAGAAGGCAAACCUCACUACAGAAGCGAGAGUCCCGACAGCGUCUGGCAGCGAAUGUUCCCUCGGGUCAUGUCUUUCUGGAUAUACUGCUGUCGCUUGCUAAUCCUGUGGGCUAUUUAGAUCAUUCUCCUUCGUAUCUCUCCAUCGGGAGGACAAACGACGACUCCCAACAAUAUGUAGUGAUGUCAUCCGAACUUACAUCUAGCAUGGUUGUGCCCAUGGAUGCAGCAUUCGCAAUCCCAGAAAUAAGGCACACUGACCUUGCAGGAACACUCAGACUCAUCGGCAUGCGUCUCAUGGCUCAGAAACUUCUAUCCUUGGUCCAGCCCUACGGCUUUGUCGUCCUCCAUGAACCCGACAGCGCCUUUGCUACUAUUGCUCUGCACGUGGCCGCCGAGAAAGAUGUGCAUGUGGCAUUGACGACGACGAAUGCACAAUUUCGAAGCACGAAGCCGUGGAUCUGGCUGCAUCCAUUCGAAUCUACCUCUACGCUUGCGAGGGCUCUGCCUUCCGGAGCAAAUUUGCUGGUUUCCUUUGCUGUUGAUGAAUUCGAUCCCGGGAAGUCCGGUGAGCUUCCUGUGAGGAUCGCAAAUGUUCUGGGCAAGAAAUGUCUCUCUCUAUCCGUAGAGCAACUCCGUUCUACUGAGAUUCCUUGCAGCUCGUCAGAGUCACUGCCAGGGUCGGAGGAUAUAGUCAGGUAUAUUUCCUGGGCACAUCAACAGACGCUGUCUGAGAUGCCACCGGUUUUGAAUAUCCGAGAGAUGAGGGAAGAGGAUACCAUAAAUGGUCCAGAUAAUCUAUUUCCCGUCGUGAGUUGGAGACCUAACUCACCGGUCACGGUGCCACUGUAUCCAACGGUUACAGACUGUCUUUUCUCGCCGCACAAGACAUAUGUCCUCUUCGGACUCAGUGGCGAAAUCGGUCGCUCGCUAACGGACUACAUGGUCGAAAAGGGGGCUCGAUACAUCGUCCUCACUAGUCGUCGUCCUCCAACCGCCGAUGCCUGGGUUGAACGACAUCAAGCCCAAGGAGUAAUAGUCAUGCUGCAGGCCAACGAUGUGACUCAGAAGCAGGAUGUCAUAGAUCUGAUCGCCCAGAUUAAUGCUACGAUGCCCCCGAUUGGCGGUAUCGUUAAUGGUGCCAUGGUCCUCCAGGAUAAGCUCUUCAGCAACAUGACCCUGGACGAUUGGAACAGUGUCGUACGGCCUAAGAUCGAAGGAUCUCGCAAUCUGGACGACUGUUUCUCCGCAGAAAAGUCUCUCGAGUUUUUCAUCAUGUUGUCUUCACUGGCCAGCGUCAUCGGAAACAGCGGCCAAUCAAACUACAACGCCGGCAACAUGUACUGCUGUGCAUUGGCUGCGAAUCGUCGGCAGCGCGGUCUGGCCGCCUCCGUUCUGGACAUUGGCAAGAUCGUGGGAAUCGGAUACGUGGCUCGUAACCGGAAGGCCGUCAUCGCAUUGCGUUCGCACAAGUUCCAGCCCAUCUCGGAGAGCCUUUUCCACCAUAUGUUUGCGGAGGCUGUGAUCUCGGGACGACCGGACUCGGGGCGUCAGCCCGUACUGACGACGGGGAUGCAGAAGCGCGUAGGCCUGGCGGAUGAAGACUCGGCGCCGCCCCUGUGGUUGAAUAACCCGCGAUUCGCGCACAUGAAAUGGGAGGAUAAGAUGCAUCUGGAAGAGGAAAGUGGCCAUUCGGCUUCUGUCCGCGUUCCUGUUAAGGAUCAGCUCGAUGCCGCGAAGAAUGUUUCUCAGGCAGAGGAGAUUCUCUGCUCGGCUUUCGCGACUAGACUGGCAACGAUUCUUCAAAUGUCGCCGGACUCGCUUGCUAGACGGGCUCCGCUCGUGGACAUCGGAAUCGAUUCUCUUAUUGCCGUCGAGGUUCGAUCAUGGUUCCUCAAGGAACUGAAUGUUGACGUCCCAGUGCUCAAGGUUAUUGGCGGGGCGUCGAUCCUCGACGUCUGUCGCGAUGUGCUGCCCAGGCUAUCUUUAAAGAUCGCUGACGGUCCGACCUUCACAGAAAGUCCAAUUGAGCCACGGAUUCUCUAUCCGGUUGAGGAGCUCCAGGAGAAGGGCUCAACUGUGCCGGUGGUGGAGACUGCCGAGGGUGAGAGCUCAGGUUCAGGAGAAACUUUUGAAGAUGAAUCUAUCACUACAGGCUCGCCGACUAUACCAUCCACACCAUGCGAGUCGAAGUCCGGUGGGAUAUUGACACCACGCGAAGAAACCGACAGCUGUGACUUGAAAAUUGGUAGCUCUUUGCCCGAUGCACUCAGCAUCAAUAACGACCAGGCUGCCACACGGCCAAGAGACCUUAAGAUAAUUCGAUCUGCGCCGCUCUCUCAUGCGCAGCAGAGAAUGUGGAUGGCGAAUCUCUACACCGCCGAUCCAACGGCGUAUAAUGUCGCGUUUGCCUGGCGUCUGAAAGGCACGUUGGAUGUCCAUCGAUUCGAGUCUGCGCUAGGAGCAGUCCUCAGCCGGCACGAGGCGCUGCAUACGGCUUUCCGGGUCGACGAGACUACGAAAGAGCCCAAGCAAAUAGCUUUUGAGAGAGAUUCUACGGUCCUGCAAGUUAAAGAUAUCAAGGGAGGAAACGGUGUGCAUGCGGAGUUUGUCAACAACCGCAACCAUGUGUUUGACCUCGUUAACGGUGAGACCAUCACUGCGUCUCUUAUCAAGGUGUCUCCCGCUGUGAAUGUGUUCCUAUUAUGCUAUCACCAUAUCGUGAUGGAUGGGAUCGGCCUCCGUAUCUUCCUUCACGAUCUGAAUCAACAAUAUCUCUCAAGCGGCAUCCAGGGACCAGCAUUGCAGUGCCUGGAUUAUGCCAUUGCCGAAAGAGAAAGGCCUAACCCGGAUAUCGAGGGACAUCUCAAGUAUUGGAAACAGCAAUUCCGUGCGCCCAUGGAGCCUCUACCUCUUCUCCCGCUUGCCAGGGUCGGUUCCCGCGUGCCACUUGACGCCAAUGAUACCUUCACGGCUCAUGCGUUCGUGAAAAAAGAGGUUGUCGCCCAGAUCAAGGAAAGCAGUCGGCAAUCGAGCGCCACCUCGUUCCAUUUCUACGCGGCAGCUCUCCAGGUCCUUCUCUACCAGCUUCUGUCCGGCUCGGUCGAGGAGUUCUGCUUUGGUGUUGCGGACGCGAAUCGUCACAAUGACCGAUAUGUCGACACGGUAGGAUUCUUCAUGAACCUCCUUCCCGUGAGACUUCGUCUCCAGGGGCAGCAGAGCUUUGCGGAGUUGCUCAAGAAUACAAAGACUUCCAUCUACGGCGCUCUAGCACAUUCCAAGGUUCCAUUUGGCGUGCUUCUGGAGAAGCUAAAAGUGCUGCGCUCAUCCAGACACAACCCUUUAUUCCAAGUUUUACUAAACUAUACACUCGGACUCCGGGAGAUGGGAAACCUUGCAUCUUGUCAAAUGGACAUGGUAGAGAUCCAGGAUGCCGCGACCGGAUGUGAUCUGGUUGUCAGCAUUGUCGAGACCGUUGGUCAAGACACGGCCAUCUCUUUCACCAUGCAACGGUCGAUGUAUCUCGAGGAGGAUUGCAGACGGAUCAUCAAUAUCUACGUCGACCUCUUGGCUCAGCUAUCGCAGCUCCCAGGCAUGGCCGUUAACCAGUCUCUGCUGCACCCAGAUCCGAACCCGUCACUGAGCCUCGACGUCGGCCGAGGACCUCGGAUUGAGACCUGGAAGGACUGGACAAGCACAGUCUCCCACCAGGUCGAUGUCGCCAUGCACAAGUAUGCAAGUGAUUUUGCAGUCAAGAUGGGAUUUUCAAACGAGGCGAUAAGCUACGCCGCGCUCGACGAGGAAGUGGGGAAGUUUGCGAGGGCGUUGGCAGAUCUCGGUGUAGUGCCUUCGUCCAUCGUGGCCAUCCUGGCUCAGCCGUCGAUCUCAAUGAUUGUUUCCAUCCUGGCUAUCCUUCGCGUAGGAGGAACGUAUCUUCCACUUGACCCGCGAAAUCCGCACGGUCGUCUCUCCUCCAUUCUCACGGAUUCGUCACCAUUGAUCCUGCUCUGCGAUGGCCAAAUGGAAGACCUGGCAACGGGUCUUGGAACAGAGCAUAAGAUACCUGUGAAGCAGAUGGCGUCUCUGGCAAUAUCAAACUCCCCAGACGGUCCGUACGGCCACAACUUAUCGGACCCCGAUCUUCCAGCCUUCAUUUUGUAUACUAGCGGCUCGACUGGGGCCCCCAAAGGGAUUGCGCUAAACCAUCGCAAUUGGAUCAACCAGUUCGCGGCGGUGACCGGAAAGUACAACUUCAAGCAAGAGGUCGUCCUGCAGCAAAGUUCUCCCGGGUUUGACAUGGCAAUCGAGCAGAUCUUCAUCGCUCUUUGUAACGGGGGCACUAUCGUUCUUGCUCCUGGCUCUAUUCGGGGUGACUCCGUUGAGCUUUCGCGGCUGAUAAUGGAGGAGAAUGUCACCUACACCAUGGCCGUACCCUCCGAGUACUUGGUCAUGCUGCACUAUGGCGCCGAGUAUCUCCGUCGGUGCCAUGGCUGGAAGUACGCAUUCUGUGGAGGAGAGAAAGUGACGGACCGUCUACGGAUUGACUUUAAAGCCCUUUUUCUUCCCCAGUUACAGCUCAUUAACGUCUACGGACCGACGGAGACUACUGUGUCCUGCUGCCGGGGCGUUGUACCCUUGGACCUGGGCAACAGUAAGCAGAACCACGAUUUUUGCCCCGUCGGUCAGGUCCUGCCCAACUAUCAUGUCUACAUCAUUGGACCAGAAGGACAUGUUGUCCCAACUGGAUUUCCGGGCGAGAUCCAUAUUGGUGGCGUUGGGGUCGGCAAAGGAUAUCUGACUCGGCCCGAGGAAUCACGAAGGAGAUUCCUCCCUGCCAGCUCACUCCCGGCUGCAGGACUGGAUACCAUCUAUCGUACAGGUGACCGCGGCCGUCUUCUAGACGAUGGAUCUUUGGUUUUCCUUGGACGCAUCGAUGGCGACUCACAGAUUAAGCUACGUGGACAGCGUGUUGAUCUCGACGACAUUGCCCACACCCUGCUGAACGCAUCAAAGGGCAACCUAGCCAAUGCCCGGGUUUCUGCGCGUGGGAGCGACGAGGACAUCUUUCUUGUCGCAUUCGUGGUUUUCAGCAAGGACUGCCCAGUGGUUGACACAGAGCGAAGGGCGUACCUGAAGCAACUCCGCCAAACACUGCCCCUCGCGCGCUACAUGUGCCCAGCAGCCAUCAUUCCUCUGACGGAGUUUCCUCUUGGGGUCAACGGAAAGAUCGACGGAGCAGCGCUUAAUGCGAUUGAUCUGCCAGCCACAGUUAAUACGGACCCUGCAUUGACGGACCUUACUGAAGAUGAAACAGCACUGCUUGCACUAUGGCAGGAGGUACUGCCCACAGCAGCUGUGGCAGGCCUCGACAUCGUCAAAGACACUGAUUUCUUCGAAGCCGGCGGAAACUCCCUUUCUUUGGUGCGGUUGCAAGCCUCCAUUGAGCAGAGACUCGGUCCCCGGAUUCCUCUUGUGGAGUUGGUCGAUUUCUGCUCACUUCAAUCCAUGGCUCGCCGUCUCCGGUCUGCCGAGUCCCUGACUUCGAACCAUAUUGUCUGGGAGGACGAGGCUGCAGUUCCUGACAUUUCCGAGCUUCGAUUCGCUAGUCUGUCGAGCGAUGGGCACCUUUCAGAGUCAGAUAAUAAUGGCAAGGUUGUGGUUCUCACAGGAGCAUCCGGGUUCCUGGGCCAGCAUAUUCUCCAGCAACUUAUCGACUCCUCUGACAUAUCGGAAAUCCAUUGCAUUGCCGUGCGUUCUUCGUCCUCUUCAGAAAAACUCCGCGCUUUUCAAUCCCCCAAGAUUACCAUCUACUCCGGAGACCUCUGUCUCCCCCGUCUCGGCCUGGAUCCAUCAGACGCGGAGUCACUGGCCACUAGGGCAGACAUAAUCAUCCACAAUGGCGCUGACGUCUCUUUCCUGAAAUCUUACAGUUCGCUCAAAAAGGCCAACGUUGACUCCACAGCGGAGGUUAUCCGUCUCAGCGCACUACGGCGUGUUCCCAUCCAAUUCGUCUCAUCCGCCGGAGUUGCCGGCUUCGUUCCGCGCAAAGACCUUCCACUACGCGAAAUCAGCGUGGCAGCGUACCCGCCUGCCUCUGAAACUGGAAGUCACGGUUAUCAGGCUGCCAAAUGGGUCAGCGAGCGCCUUCUGGAGAAAGCAAGCAAACGUUACGGGAUGAAGGUUAUCGUGCAUCGACCAACCGGUAUUAUUGGCAAGGAGGCUCCACGAACUGAUAUCCUGAGAAACUUCCUUCAUUAUUCGCAGAGACUUGGGACCGCACCGGAUAUGGAUGGCUGGGAUGGAUACUUUGAUCUGGUGGACGUGGGGUUGGUCGCGCAACGUCUUGUUGCUGGUACCCGAGUCUCUGCCUCUUCUGCAUCCAGUAUGCCUGUGCAGGUGGUGCAUACAUGUAAUGAAGAUGCCUUUCCAGUGCAAGAAUUGGGGGUGUAUCUCGAGCAGAAACACGGCACAUCCUUUGGCACUCUACCCAUGCUUGAGUGGAUCGAACGUGCAGUCGAGGAUGGUAUGGAUGAGAUGGUAGGACUGUACUUGAGGGAGGUGACGACGAGGAGGAUCGGGUGGUAUCCUCGCGUGACUUCGGAUGCUCGAUCUUGA